UCUUGGCGCACUGCACAACACCGACAACACAGACAACACAGACAGACACCACCACAGACAGCUCCACGCUCCCUCACAGGAACACACCAGCCUCCAGAGCAUCAUGGCACCGAAGCUGUACUACUUUGACGGGCGUCGUGGCGACGCAGAGGCCAUCCGCAUGCUGUUCAAGGACACGGGCAUCGCUUACGAGGAUGUUGGCGUGAGUGAGGAGACGUUCAAACAGAUGGACGCGGCUGGUGACCUGCUGUUUGGCCAGCUGCCCAUGGUGGACUUUGAUGGCCUGAAGCUUGUUGAGCAGCCUGCCAUCCUGGAGCACAUUGCGCAAAUGGCAGACAAAGCCGGAAAAGGCACAAACAAGUACCUUGGCGAGAACGAGAACGAGCGGUCCACAGCACGUUCCCUCUGCAGCGCGGCGUGCGACCUUCGUCGUGAAUCGCUGGCCAUGCGCAAGGAGGGUUCAAACGAUGCAAAGCGCAAGUUCAAGGCGGACGUCCUGCCAGUCUGGUUCGCUGCCCUCGACAAGCUUGCCGUCGCGUCCAACGACGAAGACAAGGGUCUCGGUGCAGGCGUGCACUUCACCUUUGGCGACAUGGCCAUCUUCGAGGCCGUCAACGCAAUCACUGUCGCCCUCAACCUGAGCGUGAUUCGCCCUUACCCAAACCUCAAGGAGUGGCACGACAAGGCGGUGCACAGGGCUGCCAUCGAAGUGCACAUCCAGGGUCGCGAUGAUGCGCCCUGGUAAGGCCCUACACCCCCCCCCCACACCCCCCACAUCCACACUUGUUUGGGCCAGUCAACCCCUCCAAGUUUAUCAUCAUCACCACCACCAUCGUCAUCCCUGAUGCGUUGUCGACCUUGCAUUCAUGUUUUCACGUGUUGUUGUGUGUGUGUGUGUGUUAUAUGUGUGUUUGUGUCUUGUGGUUUUAUUCUGUUUGGUCUUGCCUGGGUGUUUCAUUGUGUGCUGUUGUCGGUCUUGUUAUGCCUGGCGGCCUUCUUGCCUGCUUUGUCUACGCCUGUUGUAACAUCUCGAGUACAGUGCAGACACAGCGGCACACGCGACAACAUCCAUCCUCCUUUCCUCAUACAUACAUGCGAG